CGAUGGUGAAAAAUUGAUUGAUCUACUCGAAAACUUGAGUCAAAAGCCAGUACGACGACCACCACCACCCAUGGCAGAAGAUGGCAACAACAACAAUGAUAUGCACAUGCUGGACACGAUUGUAGCUGCGUUUAAAUUUAUGGGACGAGAAGGUGUUGCUGUCGAUGGUCAACAGUUUACGAUCAAAGACGUGUUUACCGGUGACCAAGACAAGAUCAUGAAUAUGGUCGAUGCUAUCCAGUCAUGGAGCGCAUCCAUUUGAGAGACGCACACAGAUAGUCGCUCUUUCUCUCUCUCUUUUUCUAUUAUUGAACAGUAUAUUAGUAGCUUUAUACCUCUCUUUAUUCGCAUCGAGCCAAACGCAUCCAUCUCUCUCCCUCUCUCUCUCUCUUCGUUUCUAUAAUUUUAAAAAGCAGAAAAAGGAAACCCACAUCAAAUUUUGUUUCUCUCUCCUCUUUUGUCUGUGUCUAACAAUGAGUUACGGUCGACCACCCAAUGUUGAAGCAUUCACUGGCUCUCCACCAUUGUUUGGUAGUUUCCCUAUAGAUCAUCAGGGGGAAUGCAAGGAUUUCAUCAAGGAUUAUGUCAAAUGUCUAAAGCAACACAAGAAUAAUAAUGGCGAAUGUCGACAUUUGUCCCGAGCCUAUCUGCAGUGUCGCAUGGACAAGGGUCUGAUGGACAAGAAGGAUAUGAAUAACCUUGGAUUUGCAGACUUGGAAGAGAGUGGCAGUAGUACUACUGAUAACAACAACAACAAUACGGGUGAUGGAAAUAAAAGCAAAUGAUGAUGAAAAUCAAAAAAAUGUGUGUAUUUACUGUUUUCUUUCUUUCUAGAAUGUCAUUACUAACAAAAAUGUAUAUGUGGGCGUAGAAGUAGUAGUAGUAGUAGUAGUAGUAGUAGUAGUAGUUGUUGUUGUUGUCGUUCGUUCGUUCGUUGUAUAUAUAUUUUUAUCUUUUGUAGGUGGAU